GCGAAGGGGGAGAAUAACGUCGGGUCGGGUCAGCGGGCGCUGCAGUAGUCGCCGCAGCGGCGAUGGGAGCGGUGGGGACCAGGCGGCGGCGGAGGCGGCAGGAGGAGGAGCAGGAGCUGGCACAAGAGCAGCGGCUGGGGGCGGCCAGUAGCAGCAGUAACAGCAGCAGCCGCCGCCGCCAGUAAACGCGGACGGUACCCGAGGGGACUACCCAGCCGGCCGGCCCUCGAAGCCGCGCUCGGGUCCCGCCGCACUGGGCGGCGGGGGAUGGGCAGGCGGCGGUCGUCCCGCCUGCUGAGGGUUGACCUCUGCCGGUCCCCGCCCUGAGCUGAACCCGAGCCCUCCGCCCGAAAUCCCUGCGUCCGCCACGGCCCAGGUUAAAUGGAAACCACCCUUGGGAGCUGGAUGCCUGUGUAGCCAUUCUAUCACAUCAGUGAAUUGCAAUGAGUGGAGGAGGCGAGCAGCCAGAUAUCCUCAGUGUUGGAAUCCUGGUCAAAGAAAGAUGGAAAGUAUUGAGGAAGAUUGGGGGUGGGGGCUUUGGAGAAAUUUACGAUGCCUUGGACAUGCUUACCAGGGAAAAUGUUGCACUGAAGGUGGAAUCAGCUCAACAACCAAAACAAGUUCUGAAAAUGGAAGUUGCUGUAUUGAAAAAACUACAAGAAACUGCAGAACACAAGCUGAAAGUUGAGAUGAAGGAAAACUAUUACAGAAGAUCAACUGCACCUCUUCUGCCUUCCCUGCUUGACGUCUCCAGCUACUGCUGGAAAGACCAUGUUUGUAGAUUUAUUGGCUGUGGGAGGAAUGAUCGAUUCAACUACGUGGUCAUGCAGUUGCAGGGUCGGAAUCUGGCGGAUCUACGCCGUAGCCAGUCCCGGGGCACAUUCACCAUUAGCACUACUCUUCGGUUGGGUAGACAGAUUCUGGAGUCUAUUGAGAGCAUCCAUUCUGUGGGAUUCUUGCACCGAGACAUCAAACCGUCAAACUUUGCCAUGGGUCGCUUUCCUAGUACAUGUAGGAAAUGUUACAUGCUUGAUUUUGGCUUGGCUCGACAAUUUACCAAUUCCUGUGGUGACGUCAGACCACCUCGAGCUGUGGCAGGCUUUCGAGGGACAGUUCGUUACGCAUCAAUCAAUGCUCAUCGGAACAGGGAAAUGGGAAGACAUGAUGACCUUUGGUCCUUAUUCUACAUGUUGGUGGAAUUUGUGGUUGGUCAGCUGCCUUGGAGAAAAAUAAAGGACAAGGAACAAGUGGGCUCUAUUAAGGAGAGAUAUGACCACAGGCUUAUGUUGAAACAUCUCCCUCCAGAAUUCAGCAUCUUUCUGGACCACAUCUCCUCUUUGGAUUAUUUUACAAAACCAGACUACCAGCUUCUUGCAUCCGUGUUUGACAACAGCAUCAAGACCUUUGGAGUAAUUGAGAGUGACCCUUUCGACUGGGAGAAGACUGGAACUGAUGGCUCCCUCACCACCACCACUACUUCUACCACUCCUCAGCUGCACACCCGCUUGACCCCUGCGGCAAUCGGAAUUGCCAAUGCCACUCCCAUCCCAGGAGACUUGCUUCGAGAAAAUACAGAUGAGGUGUUUCAAGAUGAACAGCUUAGUGAUGGAGAGAAUGGCAUCCCUGUUGGUGUGUCACCAGAUAAAUUGCCUGGAUCUCUGGGACACCCUCGUCCCCAGGAGAAGGAUGUCUGGGAAGAGAUGGAUACCAACAGGAAUAAGAUAAAGCUUGGGAUUUGUAAGGCUGCUACUGAAGAGGAGAACAGCCAUGGUCAAGCAAAUGGUAUUCUGAAUGCUCCAAGCCUCGGUUCACCAAUUCGUGUCCGCUCAGAGAUUACUCAGCCAGACAGAGAUGUUCCAUUGGUGCGAAAGUUACGUUCCAUCCACAGCUUUGAGCUGGAAAAACGUUUGGUGCUGGAGCCAAAGCCAGAUACUGACAAGUUUCUUGAGACUUGCUUGGAGAAAAUGCAGAAAGAUUCCAGUGAAGGAAAGGAAUCUGUUCUCCCUGCUCUGCUUCAUAAGCCUUGUGUUCCUGCUGUGUCCCGUACUGACCACAUCUGGCACUAUGAUGAAGAGUAUCUUCCAGAUGCUUCCAAGCCUGCCUCUGCCAACACCCCUGAGCAGGCAGAUGGUGGUGGCAGCAAUGGAUUUGUAGCCGUUAACCUGAGCUCCUGCAAGCAGGAGGUUGACUCCAAAGAAUGGGUGAUUGUGGAUAAGGAACAGGACCUUCGGGAUUUUAGGACAAAUGAGGCUUUAGGCCAUAAGACAACUGGAAGCCCUUCCGAUGAGGAACCCGAAGUCCUUCAAGUCCUAGAGGAAUCGCCUCAAGAUGAAAAGCUCCGAUUGGGUCCUUGGGCAGAAAAUGAUAAUUUAAAGAAGGAAACCUCAGGUGUGAUCUUAGCAGUUUCUGGGAAGUGCCCUGCCACUGCUGCUUCAGAACAAUAUGCAGAUAGGCUGGAACUCCAGGCUGGAGCUGCUAGUCAAUUUAUUGCAGUGACACCCACAAGUCCAAUGGAGGCACAAGCAGAAGGACCCCUUACAGCAAUUACAAUUCCUAGACGUUCUGUGGCAUCUACACAGUCGACUUCAGGUAGCUUUCAUUAUGGUCAGCUGCCAGAAAAGAAAGACCUUCAUCCCAUGGAGCCCACUGUGGAACUUUACUCUCCAAGGGAGAGCUUCUCUGGCUUGGUUGUGACAGAGCGCGAACCUCCUAGUGGAGGAAACAGAACAGACUUUGGGCUUCAGAUAGAUCAUAUUGGUCAUGACAUGUUACCCAGCAUUAGAGAGUGUGACAGCUCCCAAGACCUGGGACCAAAAGACCUUCCAGACCAUAACAGACUGGCUGUGAGAGAAUUUGAGGGUCUCCCUAGGGAAACGGAAGAGAAAAGCAUGCUUGUGGGGUCAGAUAAUGAAGAUGAGAAGUUGAGUAAAGGGCAGCCUUAUAUUGAGAUCUCCCCUCUCCCAGGAGACUUGGUGACAGUGGAAAGGGAUCACUCAGCUACUACUGAACCUCUUGAUGUGACAAAGACACAGACUUUUAGUGUGGUGCCAAAUCAAGACAAAACUCACGAGAUAGUGAAGCUUUUGGCAGUUGGAACUUCAGCGAUAUCUCCACGAGUUAUUGACCAACAUGUUGAAGGACAGAUAGGCCAGGUGGCAGCAAUGCAAAAAGGUAAGAUAUCUAAGGAGGAUGACAUCAAGAGUGAAGACUUGCUGAGUCAUCAAGGAGACCUCUCUACUUUUUUGCACCAAGAGGGUAAGAGAGAGAAAAUUGCCCCUAGAAAUGGAGAACUAUUUCAUUCUGUUUCAGAGAGUGAACAUUGUCCUUCAUCUCGGAAGGAUGUGGUUAGGUCAUCCUUUGUAACUAGACACAGCCGAAUUCCUGUUUUAGCACAAGAGAUAGAUUCAACUUUUGAAUCAUCCUGUCCAGUCUCUGCAAAAGAGAAGCUCCUCCAAAAGAAAGCUUAUCAGCCAGAUCUAGUCAAGCUUCUGGUGGAAAAAAGGCAACUCAAGUCUUUCCUUGGGGACCUCUCAAGUGCCUCUGAUAAAUUGCUAGAGGAGAGAUUAUCCACUAUUCCUGCUCCUUUUUCUGAGGAGGAAGUCUUCACUCCCUUUUCAAGGCUGGCUGUAGACUCACACCUGAGCAGGUCAGCCGAAGACAGCUUUCUGACACCCAUCAUCUCCCAGUCCAGAAAGAGCAAAAUUCCAAGGCCAGUUUCAUGGAUCAACACAGAUCAAAUCAACAGCUCAACUUCAUCUCAGUUCUUGCCUCGGCCACCACCAGGAAAGCCACCCAUGAGGCCUGGAGUAGAAGCCAGGCUCCGCAGAUAUAGAGUCCUAGGGAGUAGCAGUUCCGACUCAGACCUUUUCUCCCGCCUGGCCCAAAUUCUUCAAAAUGGAUCUCAGAAACCCCGGAGCACUACUCAGUGCAAGAGUCCAGGAUCCCCUCACAACCCAAAGACACCACCCAAGAGUCCAGUUGUCCCUCGCAGGAGUCCCAGUGCCUCUCCUCGAAGCUCUUCCUUGCCUCGCACAUCCAGUUCCUCACCAUCUAGGGCUGGACGGCCCCAUCAUGACCAGAGGAGUUCACCCCCGCAUCUGGGGAGAAGCAAGUCACCUCCCAGCCACUCAGGAUCUUCCUCGUCCAGGAGGUCCUGCCAACAGGAGCACUGCAAACCCAGUAAGAAUGGCCUGAAAGGAUCCAGCAGCCUCCACCACCACUCGGCCAGCACUAAAGCCCCCCCAGGGAAGAGUAAGUCAGCCAGUAAACUCAGCAGAUAGGAGCUGGGCUGCAUCUCUGUGAAAGGUGUGAGAUCUUCCUCCUAAAUCUGAUACAUGUGUGUCCCUGUACUGUCUAUUUAAAAAAAUCAGUGUUGAUCUUGUCUUGCAAAAGAAAGUAACAUGAUAAAAUAUUUAUAAGAAGAUAUAUGAUAAGAAAUUACCUAAGAUAGGCAGCAAGCAGAUCAGGAAUCAAUGUCGUUGCAUAGGAAGGGGCAAGCCAGCAAAAUCCAAGGGGGUGAAACUGGCUAAAUGAACUCUCAUUUCUUAUCUGCCUUCAAAACAAAAAUGUUGAAGGUAGGGGGUGGAUUGGAAUUUUAAGGGGUUUAGCCUACUUUUUUUUAAGGCUCUACUAAAAGAUUAUAUAGCAAAAGUGAAACUUCUUACUUUAAUAUUUGCUUUCCAAACUUCCCAACCUCGGAGAGUCAGAAUUGCUCCGAUAUUAGAAUAUGUAAGAAGUGUGUUGCUGGGGAGCCAGUGCUCGUAUACAUUUGGCUUGUGUGUUUAUCUGGUGUAUUGAGAGUUCACACCUUUACUUUGCCUCAUUCCUAGUACCCUCCCUGGAUUUCACAUUUUUUAAAGUUAGUGUUUGUCACCUGAUCCAGUCUCUCUUAUUUUGACAAUACAUUCUAACGUGCUUUUGGCAGCACGUGCUGAGAAUUUCAAAUCCAAUUACUUUUCUAAAUCCCCUAAUAUUUCUCUUUGGAGCAACAGUUACUUAACUCAGUAUAUUUUUAUUGUGAAAAAUAACUGAUGAAACUUAGGUAAAGGAAGGAAAAGUCUAAAUAAAACUACUUUGUAGGCUUCAGUGCUUUAGGGAGAGGGACAGAGUGUGGAGUAAUACCCUUCAAGAUAGAAGAACCCUCUUUCCCCUGUUAGUUUCCUCCUUGUGGAAGGAAAACUGACCAGAGUAGACCUUGCUUCCUUAAAUCUUCUAGGUACCAACUAUCUCUACUAUCAACCUCCAAGACAAUACCAGGGAAGUACAUUGCUGUGGAAUGUGACGUUAUGCUUUUAGAGCUUUAGAAAGAAAAAUAGGAAGAAAUUAGGUAUGUUGAGGCUUAAAAUUCUCAAACUUUGUAUUUUAUACAUUUAGCCAAUAAGGAAUGAGUAUCUGAGAAAAUAAAUUUAGGCUCAAUAUUUAUCUUUUAAGAUUUUAUUACCUGCUUCACCUGUGCUUUAGUUUGACUAUUUGGGCUUCUUGACCUGAUUUCCAUGUAAUCUUAAUUUAUAAAGCUGUAAGGAGGAUCAUAUUUGUUCUGAUCUCACUCUUCUGCUAAGAGGAAUCAGUAAAAGUUAAAUUAUACUAGAUUUUUUAAAUGAGUUCUUUUAUACUCACAGUUUUUGUGUUGUAAAGACCUUAUUAAGGUCAGGUAAAUUGGUCUGCUUGCUGUUGAAAUUUGCCUUCUAGCAAACAUCUGUGCUUUGUCUUUGACCUUGUGUUUGCUGCCAAACCUAAUACGGUUGAAUUGGAAAACAGAAAAAAAGAAAGAUAUUUCCUCACCAAGUGAACAUAUUCUAAUGCUGCAUCAAAGCUGCCCUGAAGCUGCACUGAACUUAUCUUGUUCUCUUUAUCUGUGUUGAGCUUUUUGGAAAAAAAAACAAAAACUCAAAACACUAUUGAGGCAUAUACGGUCUCCCAUAAGAAAUAUAGCAUAGUGUGGAAUCUUAAUUUCUCUCCGGUUUCAAGACUACAGAGGAAUGCAAUAGAUAAGACAUAUUUGCUGUUUAACUAAAGCGACUGUAAUAUUGGAAGACCAAUCCUUCUGUAUUAUAUUGUAUAAUAGUUGCUAUAACACUACUUGCAUGUCUUCAUGGUAAAUUAUAUAAAUAUUUAUAAAUAUAUAGAGAAACAUAUGCUUAUAUAAACUCAUUCUUUCUCAUUCUCCAUUUGUAAUUUCAAGAUCACAGAUGGUAAAAUUACUUUUUAUUGUGUGCCUCGUGUACACUUGGGCCUUGUCUAUCUUCAUUUUCUGAAAAUACGUUCUUGGCAUGUCACACAACAUUCUUUUUGCCUUCCUUGUGAAUAAUGCAAAGGUUGGCAGUCUUUAACAAGCCAAGAUAGGUUAUUUAAUUUUCAUUUUUAAAAGAUUUUAAUAGGGGAAAAAAUUACUAGGACUCGCUUGUAAUACUGGUUCAAAGAUUUGUCAUGUUAAUUACAUAAUUCUGUCCUUAUGGUUAGAGUGGAUAAACUGGGAUGAUAAUCAUGGGUCUGACAUAAAUUGAUUUAAAAAAAAAUCUCUUACAAAUUACCAUUCUGCUUUCCUCUUUUCACCUCACUUGGGGAGGUGGGCGGUGGGAAGUAAUCUACAAUUAAGAAAUUAUCUUUUUCCUGUUUUAUUAGCUAAAUUGUGCUAAAAGUAGCCAGCUUUAAAUCCUGAGCCCUCUAAUCAGAAAUGUGCUCAUGGUAACUACUUGAAAAGCUGAUGAGGCUGUAAACUGUAGUAUGUGUGCUAUUUUAUUUCUUAUUGGCAUUUCUCUGCUAGAAGUCAAAACUGAGAGUGAUGGCAACAUGGCAACUGAAUGUUUCCUCUCUUUUUUGGUUCCUUCCAUUUUUCUCCCAGCUUUUCCACUGUGUUGCCCGCCUUUUCUAAAUGGCACUGACAAACUCAAGAUCCAGAGAGAAACAGCCUUGUUGUGUAAGAAUAUUUUAUUUUUCAUGUAGAGAAAAGAGUUAACCAAAGAUAUUUCUGCUCUGAUACUUUCAAAAGAAGACAUUAAUUAUAUCUCAUGUAUUAAUAGAUACACUUCAGAGGACUAUCUUGUAUAGAGAUUUACUCUACGGUUUUUAAAAGCAGUUUGUUUUUUUAGAUUUUUAGAUGUCUUGGGCUAAAAAGAGAUGUUGGCAGCCCUGAGCAAAGCACUUUUGGCACAAGGAUUUUUGUUUUUGUUUUAUUUUAGAGUCUGAUACAGAAAAUGAGUUGGGUUUUGUUGUUGUUAGUUCUUUUUUAUUUAUUUUUAACUUUUUUAGUGAUGGCAUAUUUCAGAUUUCAGUGACAAACAUACAUCAUCCAACUGAUUUUAAACCAGUUUGGUUAUUCUACCUAAGGUGAGGGACAUGGCCGUCAAUUAAAGUCAAGCCAAACUAUAUUAAGAGUAGUAUGGGGCAGAAGUUAAAAUUAUCUUUUGAAAACCAGGUGCCUCCUAGUUUCUCCUUUCACAACAAAAUGGCUAGUUACCUAGUCACACUUGCCCUUACCCUCCCUUGUCUAGUCUUUGGAGUUACUUGGGUGGAGCGGAAGAUGGAAUUGGCAACAGUUCAGUCCCUUUAGGUAGCAUUAUUCCUAAAUUAUGCUGCCAAAUCUCCAGGGUGUAGAUUGUUUGAAAUGUUAAAAUUCCACAUAGCAGUCUUUUGCACAGCUUAAAGGCAUUUAACUUUAAUGUGUAGUGAACAAAGAAUGAAAAUUGGGUCAUAUCAAAUUUAACUUUAAAGCACAGAUUAUAAACAUUUUCGAAUGUUAAGUCUUAAGUAGGCACUCUUAUUCUCAACUUGGUGUGCAAGCUAGCCUUGCUGACAGUGGCAUAGUUACUGUUUUUCAAGUUGCAUGUUGUGGAGUGAAUGCUUUUUUGUUUUUGGGGGGUUUUCCUGAGUUAACAAGUUAAUCAAGUCCUAAAUUAGUGGCAAAAUGGUAAUUGAGACCCACUGUUGUCAUUAUCUACUCUAUAUUGAUUGCUUUAAAUACUUAACAAAUCUCAGCUGCUCACUAAUCCAGCGGACUAGGGUGCAGUAUCUGUUUCGCUCUUAGCCACUAUGGGAAUUUGAAGUUCUUCUGUAAUCAUCAGAGAUUCCUUCCAGGCCACAGAUUUUCAUGUGAAUGUUUGUAUGGUUAUAUUCAAUUGACAAGGAAAAGUGUUGGUGCAUGUUUUAUAAACCCAGACACAGACAGUUAAAACGAUAACUAGUUUUUCUAUAUCCAGUAGCUUUGAAUUAAAAUCAUUAUGCUUGUUCCCUGAAGAGCAGAGGAUUCUUUGUUCUAGGAACUACAUUCUUAAUCUAACAUUAGGAAUUGGUGAUAGGAGAAACAGGAUCCAGAAUUCAGAAUUUAGUGUCUUAGGGCAAAAAAUGCAUCUUACCCUGGCUAUUUGAAAAUACAUUUAUUUGUAGAUAAGUCUAGAUUUAGUCUUGAAAAUCAAAAUUUUCACAUUUUAAAACUUUUCAUUCCUUGAUAUCUAUCAAAACGUGGCAUAUGUUAGGGAACCAUUUCUUCUGUCAUGUUCAUGUGUUUUGGAGUUAAGUUAUUUGCGUUCAUUGUUUUAAAAUCUGCCCAUUUCUGUUUAUACGUAUUUACCACAGAUUUGUUGGGACUUUGCCUAAAGGGAGAGAUAUUUCAGCACCUGUAUCACUGAGGAGAUAGAACGGUUGGUGACAACUGUAUAGUUUUGAGUUUGGUUCUGUAGACAGUUUAUUUGCAGAAUAUUUAUCUGUGUUCUAAUAUAAAAAGUAUUAUGGCAUGGAUUAAGGCAUGUAACCACUAUGGUAGUCUUCACAUGUCAAUAUUUACCCAAGUUCAGAAAUCACAGGUGCAUAUUUAGACCUUAACUUAGAGAAGGGAACCAGAGGCAGUUCCAGUCCUCAGACCAUAUGGAAAGAUGUAGUACAUUGAAAACCCCAGGUGGUUGUUAGGACAUCCCACUUCCCUGUCCUCAUCCAAUAGAACUCUGGUAUAUACUUCAAGGAUGUGGGAGUAGUGUGGAAACAUAUCAUUGGAUAUUCUCAAGAGUUUGGCUGUCCCUCUGGAAAUAUGAGAAAUUUAAGCCAGUUAGACUCAGGAGCCUGCAGAAUCUGUUGCCAACAUUGCUAGGGAGAACUGCAGGAGAUAAAUGGGGAAUUCCUAUAGUUCUUAGGUAACUCCAGGACAUGGGACAAGGAUCUCCCUAUUCAUUUUAAGGAGAAUUGGAUGCUGCACAUCUUAAAUCCCUGGCUGGACAUGAAGUGAUGAUAUUAAAGUCUUGACCCAUCAGUACAUUUUCUAAUUCAGUUGUGAAUACCUGCUCCAACUUUUAAAACAUAAGCUUGAUGUUUACUCCCCUUAAGCAAGUUUGGAAAACUGCUUGAUGUGAUACACAAUCUCAAGACACUGAAUAGCCAAGCCGAAACCUUUACUCAGUAAUGAUUUGAAUAUUUCCUUAGAUUUUGCUGGAUCCUUGGUCUUAAGGAGACAUGUAAAGGAUGUGAAGCCUUUUUCUUCAUUGCCCUGUGGAACUUUAACAAGAUCUGCCUCUUUAAUUGAAGUGACAGAUACGGGCACAGUAUGUAUCACUGAUGAUACUGACAUAUCUCUCAGAUACCCUGGGCCAGGGGUUCUGGGUUCCUUGACCUAGAGAAUAGGAUUCAGUGAGGCAGACCUUUGAGCCCACGUGACUAUAGAAUUUGCUGAUGAUAUAAUUUUACACACUAACGAAAGGAAAUUUUAUCUGUCUUUUCAGUAGUUUAAUAUUGUCUCAUAUUGUGUACAUAAGUGUUCACUCACCCCGUUAAAAACACUAGGUAGACCAAAUUUUUAUAUAGACUACCAUUGCCAUAUGUUGCUUUUUUUCCCUCUUAAAAUAUAGUUUAAAUCCUUAAAAAUUCAUGCACGGCACUUCACCAUACCUGGGGUCUGUCUGGGUGUUCUCUCAUCCACAAGGGAUAAACAAACCUACCAGAGCUUGAAUGUGAUUUAUUUUAGGGAUCAAACCAGGGAAGGGGAAGCCCUUGGGAUUUUUUUCUUUUUAAACUAUUCACCAGUUAGGUAAGUUAGUUCACUAAGGUAAAAAGCGUUCAGAGAUACAAAGAUAGGAAGCUAAAGGAAAUGUAACACUGUGCCACUUGGGGCUCUGAAAUUGGAUUGGAUGAACUGAGUAAAGAAAAUAACAGAUGACCCAGGCUUGAGCUCCCUCAUUUCUCAUGCACAGUUCGUGGUCCCCCCCCUUCUGACUCCUUUCCUAAAAUAACCAAGUGCUGAAUUUCACUGGGCCAUUUACAUACAAGUUCACAGCUUUUAGGAAAAAAGAGGGAGUUGGGAAACACCUAGCUUUGAAUUAGAUAUAAUUCUUGAAAGUUCUGAACUAUUGGCAGCUCUUAAAUCAGAUGGAAUCACAAACCAGAAGAAUUCUCUCUUGUCGAGCAAGACCAGUAAGUUAGAGUAAUUUAACAAUUUCAUAGUUUUCUCCCUUUCUUCUCCUCUUCAUGAAAUCAGAGUGAUGAGAAUUGCUCUUUGAAAUACCUUCAAAGGUAUUGUAUCCAUUUCCCUUCCAAGCAGCCCUCUUUAUGCAUUUUUGCUCAGGCAACCAAGGACAUAGAGUAUUGGCAGAAACAUGGAGUGCUUUUGUAUAGGCCAUCUGUACAUAAAAGUGUAAUUAUUUAUUUAAUUUUCCCAUUUGUAUCAUAUUAAAGCUUUGUACAGUGUUUUAAGUUCUGUUUUAAAAUUAUUUUGUAUUUUAUUUUUAUAAUCUAGUAAUAAAAUAUUCAUUCCGCA